AUGAAGAAUAAUCCACGUUCACCGUCAAUAUCGAAACAAUCACCAAUAUUUAAAAAUAAGGCCACAACAGCUGCUGUUCCACCACUUGGUCGAACGUACACCACCACCUUUGCACCAGCACAAGAUGAACAACACCAGCACCAACAACUAGAGAAACAACAAAUGUUGAAUAUUAUAGAAAAAUUAGUCAUAAGAAUGGAACAAAACGAUAAAAAUCAUAUUAAAUCAAACCAGAAGAUUUAUUCUGAAGAUGAAAGAAAAUUAAUAGUUCAUGGUCUUCGUCAAUAUUAUGUGAAAUUGAAUGAAUAUGAGAAAAAUGCAAAAUUAAUUGAUUUACUUAAUAAAAUAAAAUUUAAUCAAAUAAUUAUUCUUGUGGAAUCAGCACGACAUUGUAAAGCAUUAUCUAAAUUAUUAGCUGAACAAAAUAUUCCUACUGUUGAAGUCCAUCGUCGGAUGUCUAAAGAAGAACGUUUACAACGUUGUAAAGAAUUUAAAGAAUUUAAAAAACGUAUUCUUGUUGCAACAGAUUCAAUUGCCUUUCGUAUGGAUUUUGUAGCAGUUAAUAUUGUAUUUAACUAUGAUAUUUCAGAAGAUGCUGAUACUUAUCUUCAUCGAGUUAUUGGUGCUGGUCGAUUUGGUACAAAAGGUUUAGCAAUAACAUUUGUUGCAGAUGAAACUGAGGCAGAAAUUUUGAAUGAAGUUCAAAGUCGUUUGGAAGUACAAAUUGGUGAAAUGCCCGAUGAAAUUGAUGUAGUAACACACAUCGAAAAUCGGUAAUUUUCUGGUCUUACUAUUUGGUUCAAAUGAAACAUGUAAACUCUUUCUUUUUUCGUCACGAUUAUUGUCAAUAUUACAUUUUGGUUCUUUUGGGGUGUGGGUGUGGGUGUGGGUGUGGGUGGGUGUCGGUGGGUGUGAUGUGGGUUUGGGCUGUGGGUGCGUGAGAGUGUGGGUGGGCUUGUGGGUUUAGUUGGUGACAUA